UACCGCGAUUUUAAUGCUCACUGUCGCUGCUAGUGUGCGAUGUUUUCGACACAUAGCAACCAACUGUCAAAUGACAGUGGCGAACCAACAAAAUAACAUUGAAAAAAGAAAAGAGAGGCACACAACUUAACUCAACUCAACUCAACUAGAUAAAAGACUACAUCGCUUGCACCACAAAUGAAUACCAAGCACCACUCCAAUCGAAAGAAUUUUUUUUUUGUGUGUGUUGUAACGAGAAACAAACGGAUUAUAUUUGAUUUUUAACCAAAAAAAAAUAUAUUUCUUUAUCAAUGUACUCAUUUGAAUAUCAUUUCUCUUCAUGUGAUAAUCGAUUUGACUUUUUCGAUUGUUAGUUUCAAACAAUGCACAAAACAGCAAUAACGUGUGAUAUCUGAUACGGGAGCAAUGUUAGCGGGGUGUUUCAAUUAAUAAUUGCCAUCAAACGAAAAUUAAAGCGCGAGCAAUAUACGAAAGUUAAGCAAAGAAUUUUUUUUUUUUAUACAUUUGUGUUCAUUUGUGUCCAGUAUCCGAUAGAUAAUAGAAAAAAACUCAUAGAAAAUUGAACAAAAGUUAUUAAAACCAACAAAAGAUAGAGAUGUCAACGUCCUUAGUGCCAUUUGGUAAAUUAUCAACUCCAUCGCCCGAUCCGGAGCCAGAUGAAAAUAGUUCGAAACGUCAAGCGACAAGAGUAUUCAAAAAGAGUUCAUCAAAUGGAAAAAUUACGGUUUAUCUUGGAAAAAGAGAUUUUACACACACUGAUCCAAUCGAUGGUGUAGUAUUAUUUGAUCCCGAUUAUGUAAAUUUAAGGGACCGUAAAGUAUUUGGCAGCGUUUUGGCGGCAUUCCGUUAUGGUCGCGAAGAUUUAGAUGUUUUGGGUUUAACAUUUCGUAAAGAUUUGUUUGUUGCACAAGAGCAAAUCUAUCCGAGAACCGAUAAAGAUCGACCAUUAACCAGAUUACAGGAGCGACUAAUUAAAAAAUUAGGUUCAAAUGCGUAUCCAUUUUAUUUUGAAGUACCACCACAUUGUCCGGCCUCUGUAUCACUGCAACCAUCGCCAAAUGAAACGGGCAAACCGUGCGGCGUUGACUAUGAAUUAAAAACGUACGUUGGCGAUCACAUUGAUGACAAACCACAUAAGAGAAACUCUGUACGUUUGGCCAUUCGAAAAAUUAUGUAUGCACCGUCAAAAAUCGGUGAACAACCGUCAAUUGAAGUGAGCAAAGAGUUUAUGAUGAAACCAAACAAAAUUCAUUUAGAGGCCAGCCUGGAUAAGGAACUGUAUCAUCAUGGCGAAACCAUUUCCGUCAAUGUUCAUAUCGCAAAUAAUUCAAAUCGAACGGUGAAAAAAAUUAAAGUGUCAGUGAGGCAAUUUGCUGAUAUUUGCCUAUUUUCAACGGCACAAUACAAAUGCACCGUUGCCGAAAUUGAAUCCGAAGAUAAUCCGGUUGGUCCAGGUUUCACAUUAAGCAAAGUUUUAACAUUACGUCCAUUGCUUAAGGAUAAUAAAGAUAAACGUGGCCUAGCAUUAGACGGUCAACUGAAACACGAUGAUAGCAAUUUGGCGUCAAGCACAAUAAUUACCGAUCCAGCGCAUCGAGAAAAUUUGGGAAUUAUCGUUCAAUACAAAGUAAAAGUGAAACUUUGCAUUGGCGGUCCGAUUUUGGGUGGUGAUCUAGUCGCCGAACUUCCAUUCACCUUGAUGCAUCCAAAACCAGAAGACGAUGAGCCAUGUUUUGCAGUACCAGAAAGAGCCACAACCCGAACAAAUACUGGUUCACACGUUCCAAAAACGGAUGAGCACAACGAAAGUUCAACUAGCGGAAAUCUUAUUCAAUUAGAUGAAGAUGAUGAUUUCAAAGAUGAUGAUAUUAUCUUCGAAGAUUUCGCACGAUUACGUUUAAAGGGUGAAGCUGAUUGAAUGCCACCCAAAUAUCCACAAUGAGAUUUGCUCGUCUUCUUAUCUAUACAUAGCAGUAAUUCUAUUUUAUUUCCGCUUCGAUGUUUCAAUAUAUUUGGCGUAACAUGUAGUGAAAUAGAACAAAAACAACAAAUCAACCGAAAUCUACAUAUAUCUUUGAUUUGGAAUUGAAUUGAACAAAAAAAAAAAAAAAAAAGAAAAGAAACAAGAUUAUUAUUUUUCUUUUGUAAUUUUAAAUAUAUUUGAGAUGAUUGUAAGCCAAGCAAAAGCAACGCACAUGUAUUAGGUUAUGUUCAGUGUUUAAAUGUUUCAAUGUUUUGAUGUUUCUCUAUCGCCUAAAACUGUUCAUAUUCAUUUUUUUUUUACUUUAAUAAAAGAUAUACUUAAAUAGAAACAACAGAAACUCAA